AUGUCGAAAAUCUCAAACAGAGACUAUGCAGCUCUUAAUCUCUCCGGAGAUAACUACUUGCAGUGGGAGCUAGAUACAAAGAUCAGUCUAAGGUCAAAGGGACUUGGUGAUACUAUCAUCAAGGGCAACAAUGAGACCGAUAAGAAUCGGUACAUGGCUAUAAGUAUUAUACGCCAUCACCUCAUUGAAGGUCUAAAAGAUCAGUACAUCACGAUGGAAAAUCCACUAGAACUUUGGGAUGCUUUACAGCAUAGAUAUGAUCACCAGAAAACAGUGUUACUUCCAAAGGCUAGAAACGACUGGAAGAAUCUUAGAUUCUUGGAUUAUAAGUCGGUGGAUGAGUACAAUUCAGUCUUAUUUAAGACGGUCUCGAUGCUGAGACUUUGUGGUGAAGUAGUAACCGAAGAAGAGUUACUUGAGAAGACUUACUCUACAUUCCAUUCAUCGAAUGCAAACAAUGAGCUCCUGAUGAAGAACAGUGAAGCUAGACCUGUUGGAACAGCACCAUUACCGGAAGCUAAUGAGGUUGAAAAGAAAGAACCCAACGAGUGCAAUUACGUCCAAAACAAUAAGAGAUCACACGGCAAUGGCCGUGGUGGUUACAAGGGGCGUGGCAGUGAUAAUUACUCGAACAGCCGAGACAACUACUCGACCGGCCGGAACGGAAACCACAAUAACCAUGGUCGUGGUUCCAAUUAUGGCCGUGGCCGAGUUAGUUAUGGCCCUGGUCGAGGCGGCAUAUCCAAACCGUCUUACUCAACCAAAUCCGUUUGUCACAGAUGUGGAAUGGGAAACCAUUGGGCCAAGAACUGUAGAACCCCUAAGCACUUAUGUGAGCUCUACCAAGAAAGUCUGAAGAACAAGAACCCGGAGGCUCACAUGGUUCACGAUUCCGGAUAUGAGGCCGAUAAUGAUUCCAACAUUGCUAAAGAUGACCAGAUGGACUUUGAGACUUCUGAUUGUCUCAAGGACUAAAUUUCGAUACGACUUGUCUUAUUGCUUUAUGUUUUGCUUUGAUGUUUCACGAUUUUAUAUAUAUAUAUAAUAAGAAUUGAUUUUGAAUUCAUUAUCUUGUCUGAUCUUACUUGAACAUAUAAAUGAUUUUAAAGAGUUGCCUAAAGGGCAUAAAACCAAGUAAGAAAUCAUGAAUGGGUAUAGUAAGCAUAGUAAAGAAAGUAUGGCUAAUGCAUUGCCUUAAAAGGCAUUAUACACACCCAAAAGAACAUGUGACCCAUUGAAGUUAUAAUGUAUGGUUUCCAAGUAGAAACAAUGGGUAAGGAAGGAAACAAGUUCCUUUAGAUUUUAAGAAGAAGAACGCCUAAGACCUUGAAAGAAAGUGGUCGAGACUAUACCUAUGAUCUCUACUGAUCAAAAACUAUGCUACAUAUCAGUAUGAUAAAGAGGCAAGAGAUGUGGUAACCAUAUUGAGAUAACACCACGAAAUUUUACACUAUAUGGCAUGAUAGGAUUAGCCAUCCUAAAGUCUAAACUUGAU